AUGAUAUUCGUAGAGUUAUUUUUUGAAAUCAUGGAUAUUAAUGAUGAAGCUGAUAUUAGAGAUAAACCAGGAUUUCUUUCCAGAUUCUUUACUAGUAUUGGAGUGAAAUAUCAAUAUUAUUUAGAUAGAUUAACACCUUAUUCUGGUAUUCGAUGGGGAAUGGCCUUAUUUACAUUAGUUUUUUUCUGUUACCGUAUUUUUAAAUUGCAGGGCUUUUAUUUAAUAUGUUAUGCUUUGUUUAUUUAUUAUCUAAACAUGUUUUUGGCUUUCUUAACACCUAAAAUUGAUCCUGCUUUAGAUUUUGACAGUGAUGAUGAAGAAUUACCAUCAUUACCAAAUAAAAAUAAUGAAGAAUUUAGACCAUUUAUAAGACGUCUUCCAGAAUUCAAAUUUUGGUAUUCAUUCAUGAAAAGUACUUUGAUCGCAAUUGGUUGUACCUUCUUUGAAGCUUUUGAUAUUCCCGUUUUUUGGCCAAUAUUAGUUGUUUAUUUUAUAAUGCUGACCUGCAUUACAAUGAAAAGACAAAUCAUGCACAUGAUAAGAUAUCGUUAUAUUCCAUUUACCACUGGGAAACCAAAACCAGCUGGACGUGAAGAUACUGGAGCUGUUAUUCAAGAUUAA